GCCUCACGCUGGCGACGACGGCCGAUCAUCUCUACCUUAGAGGACUUCCCGACUGUUCAAGAACCCCUGCGCAUUGUUGCACCAUUUCAGGCAAGAAUACAAUCCUUGGGCUCUAGCUUGUCUCACACCGACUUUGCUUCACAAUGCCUGGGUUCGCGGAUUCGUUUUGGACCCCAGAUUACGCCACGGGUCUGGGGGUGCUCUACGGCAAACUCCAGCAGGGCGCGGUGGAAAACAAGCAAAUUGUGACUAUUGCUUCAAUGCGCGCGGACGCGGAAGACCAGUAUGGUUCUAAACUCGGGGACAUUGCGCCCGCCGUUGACCGGGUGGCUCCAACUGGGUUUGGGAAGGACGACGGGGCGAGUGUGAGGAAGGCUUACGAAGGCGUUCGCACGGAAAUGAUCGAGGCGUCCAAAAACCACCAGAAAAUCGCGUCCAACAUCCGAGAAUUAGUCGUGUCUCCGUUCCGACGCUGGUGUGAUCAACAUGAAGCCCGGAUACAGAAUUCUCAUGACGAUCUGCAGGCCCGCAUCAAGGAACAUACCAAGCAGGUCGAAUUGGUCAAGAAACUCCGAAGCCACUACUUCAAUAAGUGCCGUGUUGUAGAGGAUCUGGAGGAAGAGAAUAAGCUGGCCUUCCAGGGCCCUGAAACCAGCCCGAAAAUCAAGCCCACUCCUAAGAUCGUCUUGCCGGAAGAAGAGGGAGAGGAGGAGGAACCGGUCGAGAUCGGUGAUCGCAUUUAUCCUCCGGAGGAUCUGAAGAAGCUGCUGAUCCACAUGCUGGAAACCAUCAAGAUGGGAGAUGUCAAGGUGCCCAUCAUUGGGACAUACCAGAACACUUCGACCGGUGCCGACAUUGUGGACUAUAUCCAAAAGUACCUGAACGGGACCAGCAUUAGUUAUUGUGAGAGAAUCGGCCAGGACCUUGUCGACAAUGGAUUUCUCCGUCUGGUGGGCAACAUGGGCAGUACCUUUGCCAACAGUUCCAAGAUGCGCUACCAGUGGCGCCCUAAGGUGUUCCAACUCACAGGCAUCCCCGAUAAGAAAAGCCCGCUGAUGCGGGUAACUUCCAUCGCUUCCAGCGAGGAUGGCAGCGAAUCUCCUCUGUCCUCUGUGUCCGAGAUGCUCGCCGGAUGGAACCCCCUCAACAACCCAUACCCGAACGAGACACCGGCGGAGAAGUUGCGCAGAGAAGCUCGCGAGGCUGAUGAACGGUACAAGGCCGCUGUGCGGCGACUUGAUCUGAUAAGAUGCAAGCUCGAGGAAGAGAUUGUUGAGAAUCUGCGCUUCAUGGAGCAGUGUGAAUUGGACCGUCUGAAGGCAAUCAAAGCUGUGAUCCUGGAUUUCUCCGGGGCUAUCAGCAAUGUGAUCCCUAACUUGCAAAGCACCGUGGAUCACAUGAUGCUGUACCAGGAGACUAUCCAACCCCUGGGUGAUCUCAGAUAUCUUCUGGAGAAUUACCGGACUGGAGGUUUUGUUCCUCGCGUGCAGGCUUACGAGAACUAUUACGGUUCCGUGGAAGAUCAGAACUUUGGCGUUGAUCUCGAAGCUAGAGCUAGAGCCGAUCGCAAGCGGGUUCCUAUCAUCGUUACGACAAUCCUGACGUACCUCGACAAUCGCUACCCUGAACUGGAGGGUGACGAGGCACGACGUGCGAUAUGGCUCUAUGAUGUACCCCUGGGGGCAACGCACCAUCUCCGGAAUGCAUUGAAUAACAGCAAGGCGGAUUAUAAUGACAUUCUCGAGAAAUACGAGAUUCCUAUUAUUGCCAGCGCUCUGAAGCUAUACCUUCUUGAGUUGCCUGAUUCGCUUGUUUCUUCUCAAGUUUACGAAAUCGUUAAGACAAUCUACUCUACCACCGCUCAUGAGACCACAGAGGAAGGCCGCAUCAAGGUCCUCCAAAGCACACUAGGACAACUCCGUUUAAACAACAUCGCCACGCUUGACGCUAUUAUGACCCACUUUACGCGCUUGAUAGACCUGACGUCUGCCGACGAAGCUUAUGUAUCUUCUCUUGCUCAGGCACUUUCGCCCUGCAUCCUUCGGCCCCGCACCGAGAGCAGUCUUACGAUGAACGAGCGCCACAGUUAUCGCCUGAUCCGCGAUUUGUUCGCUCACAAGGAUGCCAUUUUCGGCGAGCUCAAACGACAAUCGAGCGCUCUCGGCAUUAGUGGAACCAGCAACCGUCCCCGUGCUAUCAGUACCGACGAGAGCAAUCGCCGUGCAGCCAUGGAAGCACGGAACCGUGCCAUUGUUGACCGUAGCCGCGCCCACAGCCCCAACCCCCCACGGAAGCAUCGUCGGGACCGUUCUAGCGGCGCCUCAGAGGCUGGGCGAUUCCCUGUCAACGUCACGAGCCCUACCGAGCGGAGAACCAAUCUUCGUAAUAGCCUCGACGUUCCUGCAAAUGUGGACUCCCCAACGGCCGCAGAGAAAAUGAGCAGUGUGGGCAUCAACUCUGCAGAGGCUCCUGUGACCAACGGUGCUGCAAGUGAUUCUCCCGCCGCCAGUGUCAGCUCUGAAUCUGAGGCGUCAAGUCCUCCUCCUGUCACGGGAUCGGACGGUUCCAUGAGCCCUGUGACCGCUGCCACGCCCACGCAGGAAGCAGAGAAACGCACCUCGAUCCCCCUCUCCAGUGUCAUGUUCAACCGUAAACCCGGCCUCGGCAAUCGGUCCAGCUUUCCCGUUGCUGUGAACAGCGAAAACGGAUCGGACAGCAAGCGGAGCAGCCUGGCGACCGUCGAGAAUGAACCCAAGGGUGUCACAUUGGAAGAUAAACCAAUGGACGAUGACUAAAUGUGCCUCACUUGAUGUGUGGAU